AUGUCUGAGCAAAUUGAACGGUUCCCCAUGUCAGCUGGGCCUGACGUUAUCUUUGAAAGCUACAAGAAGAAUGGAGUGGUGGUUAUUGAGCAGUUUGUAACGAAGGAUCAGCUGGAGCGGUUUACUGCCGACGUGGAGCCUGCCUUGCAAAAACUAAUAGCGGGAUACACUUCUCGUCUAGAUGGGAAUAAAGAAGCAGACGACUUCUUUGGAAAGAAAACCAAACGGCUUGGCCAACUAUCAACCGUCAGCCCUGUUUUUCGUCACGAGAUUUUGGAGCACGACUUUAUGCAUUCUCUUUUGGAGCGGGUGUUUAUCGAUUCUCCUCUAGACGGGUACUGGAUGAAUACAAGCGAUGUCAUUGAAAUUGGCCCAGGAAGCAAACCACAACCCAUCCAUCGUGACCUCGAAUUGUGGUACCCAUUUGCCAUAGGAGGCCCUGCCAUGCCAGAGGCGAUAUGCAAUUUCAUGGUUGCACUCACACCAUUUACAGCGGAGAAUGGCGCGACAGUUUUUGCCCCUGGAACCAAUCACAAUGAAAGCUUUGAGCGGCUCGAGGACGGAGAGUUGCCGGGUGUUGACAAGACCAUCUCAGGUGUCAUGAACCCAGGAGACUGUGCCUUUUUCUCAGGAAAGGUCGUUCACGGUGGUGGUACCAAUAGUACAGCUGAUGAAUUCCGACGUGGUUUGUCCAUGAGUUUUAUUCGGAGGAUAUUGUCCCCUGAGCAAGCGCACCCUCUUUCAAUUUCCCGUGAGAUUGCAGAAUCCAUGGCAUACCGAGGCCAAGCAAUGCUUGGGUUCCGAAGCCAGUGGCCUAUAGUUGAAGACGGACCAGCUAUCAUCUGGUCCUAUCAAGGAUCGGAUAUUGGGAAGAAGUUAGGGUUGGGAGAAAAGAACUAA